AAGAACCUAUAGUGGUAACUAAUAAUUCGCAACUCCAAAAAUAAUUUUCAAUUCAAACUAAAAUGAAAGUUAUUCUGUUAUUUUGUUUGGUGCUUUGUGUGGCAAUUACAAUGGCUAUGCCCUCAAAGAUCUCAACUACUUACAAUGAUAAUUAUCCUGUCUUAAAAGCUGACUUCAAAAACUUCAAUCCGGACAAUAUUUAUAUAAGAAUUCUUAUGGACUUGGACAAUAGAAUCAGAAAUUUUAUGUUUUCAAACACUUUUGAAAACGUUCUGACUCAGCUUCAAAGCAAAUGUGUUUCUCCGAAAUGUGACUUAAAAAAGCUGCUUUGGUAUAUGUCUGCUAUGCACGACAAUUUAGCUUCCUUGGACGAAGACAGCUGGAACAGUAACAAAGUGAAAAAGAAUUUUGAUGAAAUCGACAAAACCUCCCCCUCUUUUAGCACUCUGAACCAACUGAUUUAAUAAAAUACUCAAACAUGUGCAACACAGGAUAUCUGGGGUACUAUCACUGGAAACUCAUAACGCAUUUGUUAGUAUUUAAAAUUUCUAAGAAUGUAAGGCGACUGCAAAAUAAAUCAUUUUGUUAAAUGUCUGUAUGUCUGUACUUAUAAAUGAUUUAAUGGUACCUUUUUAUAGUAAGCUACAACUGUAAUUAAACCAUAGAGCAAAUACUAU